GGGCGCGGGAGGGAGGAAGUCCGAGAGACAGAGCGAGGAACGCUCCUGAAGGGAGACGUCGGGCUCGUCCCCGGUGUCCGGGCCGCGGUCCCAGCUCGCGGGCGCAGUUGUCCGGCGUCCGGCCGCCUCGGCUCCACGGCCUGGGAGGGGGGGCCGUUGCGCAAGGCAGGGGCCCAAGGCUGGGGCAGUGAUGCGCCGGGCGUUGCCUCCGGCCCGCCGCCGCCGCCAGAAGCCCCAGAGGAGCUGAGGGAGGCGACGCCGAAGCGCUGGCCCGGAGUGGCCACGGCUGCAGCCCGGGCGGCGGGCUAGGGCGCUUGCCCGGCUUCUGGGCCGACCCCGCUCCGGCGCCUCCGCUCCCGGCCCGGGGUCCGCCCCUGCGGCCCGGCCUCGCUCGUAGGUCCCAGAUGACCACCGAGGGCGGGCCGCCGCCGCCCCCGCCGCGCCCGCCGCCGGCCCCGCUCCGCCGUGCGUGCAGCCCGGCCCCCGGCGCGCUCCAGGCCGCCCUGAUGAGCCCGCCGCCCGCAGCUGCCGCCGCCCUGGAGACCACCUCGUCGUCGGCGUCCUCCGCCUCCUGCGCCUCGUCCUCGUCCUCCUCCAACUCGGCCAGCGCCCCCUCGGCCGCCUGCAAGAGCGCGGGUACUGGCGGCGGCGCGGGCGCGGGAAGCGGGGCCACCAAGAAGGCGAGCUCGGGGCUGCGGCGGCCCGAGAAGCCGCCCUACUCGUACAUCGCGCUCAUCGUCAUGGCCAUCCAGAGCUCGCCCAGCAAGCGCCUGACGCUCAGCGAGAUCUACCAGUUCCUGCAGGCGCGCUUCCCCUUCUUCCGCGGCGCCUACCAGGGCUGGAAGAACUCCGUGCGCCACAACCUCUCGCUCAACGAGUGCUUCAUCAAGCUGCCCAAGGGGCUCGGGCGGCCCGGCAAGGGCCACUACUGGACCAUCGACCCGGCCAGCGAGUUCAUGUUCGAGGAGGGCUCGUUCCGCCGCCGGCCGCGCGGCUUCAGGCGGAAGUGCCAGGCGCUCAAGCCCAUGUACCACCGCGUGGUGAGCGGCUUGGGCUUCGGGGCCUCCCUGCUGCCCCAGGGCUUCGACUUCCAGGCGCCCCCGUCGGCGCCGCUGGGCUGCCACGGCCAGGGCGGCUACGGCGGCCUCGACAUGAUGCCCGCGGGCUAUGACGCCGGCGCGGGCGCCCCGAGCCACGCUCACACGCACCACCACCACCACCACCACGUCCCGCACAUGUCGCCCAACCCGGGCUCCACCUACAUGGCCAGCUGCCCCGUGCCCGCAGGGCCCGGGGGCGUCGGUGCGGCCGGCGGCGGCGGCGGCGGGGACUACGGGCCAGACAGCAGCAGCAGCCCAGUGCCCUCGUCCCCAGCUAUGGGGAGCGCCAUCGAGUGCCACUCGCCCUACACGAGCCCUGCAGCGCACUGGAGCUCGCCCGGCGCCUCGCCUUACCUCAAGCAGCCACCCGCCCUGACGCCGAGCAGCAACCCGGCGGCCUCCGCAGGCCUGCACUCCAGCAUGUCCUCCUACUCGCUGGAGCAGAGCUACUUGCACCAGAGCGCCCGCGAAGAACUCUCAGUGGGACUGCCUCGUUAUCAGCAUCACUCUGCUCCAGUGUGUGACAGGAAAGAUUUCGUCCUCAAUUUCAACGGCAUUUCUUCUUUCCACCCCUCAGCUAGCGGGUCAUACUAUCACCAUCACCACCAGAGCGUCUGUCAGGAUAUUAAGCCCUGCGUCAUGUGAAUGGAGGCCCUGCCAGGCAGCCUCCACUCUCCUGUCCUUUCCUGUUCUGUCCUUGGUGGGGGCAGGCAGGAGUUGGGACGGACUCACAUAAUGUGCAUGUGGAUAGCAGUAAGUAGCACACCCGCCACUUAGCCAGAAUGCCCAGGAGAGCCUGUUCACCCUUGUUUGCCAACCGCUGGCAGAGGGACAGCCCUUGGCAAGGUAAUGCCCCAAAUCUGAACACCUGCAGGCUCCCAGAUGAGGGUGAGAAUGAACUGAGAUGGUAGAAAGUUUCCACGUGUAAAACAUGAACAUGCAACUCUGGGAUCUUCCUUCCCUUCAGUAAUCAGGGUCUUAAGAAAGCAGACAAGUUGUUAGUGUGUGUUUGUCUAUGAAAACUUGUGUGCUUUUCAAAAAGGCAGUGCUAAGCACAAGAUUUCAAAAAAGCCUCAUAGUGUUGCCUGGCUAAGUAGGAGACUUCUGUUUCCCCCUGAAAGCUACGUUUGGAGACAGGUGCCAAAGAACGUUACUAAGAAAAUAUUUAGAAACAAUGUGUCUAGUUUAAGGAAGCAGUUUUCAGUAUUGUGACAAUACAACAUUUUUACAAGGUUGUUUUCUACCACCAUAUUUUAAAGAUAUUUUUAUGAUCUUCGUGUAUACUCACACUUGGCUUAUAUUUUAAAAGGAGGAUAUAUUUGCACUUCUGUAUACUUUUACAGUUUGCCAAAAUAUUUUGAUGUAAAAUUUUUUCAAUAAAAUGUAUAUAACAAA